ACUCAACCUUGAUAUUACCUUGGAAAGGCGGGUUCUUUAGUUUUUUAUCUUUUAAGAUGGCCUCAGGAGCAUAGUGAAUAGUAUUCAUUGAGAAUGAUUCAGUUGAAAUUAUCCGACAGUGACAUAUGUGAAAGACGAAAGGCACAGUUAAAGGAGUGGUGUGGCUCAGAGACUGAUCAUGCGUCAUCAAAAAUGCGGGAGCCAGAGAAAAUCAAGUUUCCAUUAUCGGUCCAGUUACUUGCCGCAUGUAGUAACAGUGAUUUGGAUGAGUUUUCCCGUUUACUUAAGCUUGGAACGGACAUUAACACACAAAAUGCUGACGGAUUAACCAGCACGCACUUAGCUUGUAUCAAUGUCGACUUUGAUUUUCUAAAGUUUCUUAUCAGCAAUGGUGCAGAUAUCAAUCUACAGGAUCACGAAGGCUGGACUCCUUUGCAUGCAGCAGCUUCUGUGGGUUGCUGUGAAUUGGCCAGAUUUCUGAUUGAAAAUGGUGCAAGUCUCUCCAUUUUAAGUGUAGAUCUAGAAUUACCAAUCGAUGUAGCACAAGAUGAAGAAAUGAUUAAUCUACUUACAGAUUCAAUGAAAAAGCAAAAUAUCGACGGUGAUGCUAUUAAACAUUCAGAAGAACAAAUGCUUUUACAUGAUGCACAGCAUUGGUUAACUAGUGGUCAAUAUAAACCAGUUAUUGACCCUAGAACUGGUGCCACUCCCCUACAUGUCGCAGCUUAUAUAAAUGCUAAAGAUUUCGAUGGUUGGACUGCAUUACAUGCAGCAGCACAUUGGAAUCGUGAAGCAUCUGCUCGAAUGUUAGCUAACGCGGGUGCUAGUUUCGAUGAACAUACACGUGCCAGUCAAUCUGUAUUCGAUGUAGCUGAUAAAGAAAUGAUUGUAUUGCUUAGACAACUUCGUGAAAGACAAAGAGCUGAAAGAUUAUCCAAUGCAUCUAAACUACCAGAAUCAUCGAAAAUAAUGGAAGCAGUUAAACGAAGUCAUCCUGUUGAUUUAGAGACUGAUGAAAAUGUGAACACAGAUAAUGAUGAUGACGAUGAUGAUAAUUCUCUUAUUGAAAUUGAUCUAUCCAAUUGUGUAAAUAAAAAGCCAGCUAUUGAACAAGAUAUAUACUUAUCAUUAAAUGAUACUCCAUCAUCAUUGACAAAUGGAAAAUUAAUAAAGAAAACUGUUAGCAAUGAAGAUAUGGUAUUGAAUACUACUACUAUUACUACCACUACUCCAUCUACCUUAUUAUCUGCAAAAGAACGAACAGAGAUAUUGCAAUCCGCCACUAUGACUACUAAUUUUAAUCAAUCAACUGACCAACAAACAUUUAUAACAUCUUCUACCCAAGAGGAACGAACUUUACCAUUGUCAGACAGUGGAGAUUUUCUAUCAAUUGAUAUUAAUAAACCAUUCGAAAAAACUGGGAAAUCGAUAUCAUCAGAGAAAUCUCCUGUGAUGGUCACUUCGACAACAUCUAUAUCAUCGGAUGCGAAUAAUGACUAUACAUCUUUUAUCAGUGGUAAUAAUAAUAAUCGAAUGGAAAAAGAAGUGUCAGAUAAUAUUAUGAAAAUGACCGUCCCUAUUUCUUCAUACUCAUCAUCAACAACAACAUCCGUACAGCCAGGUAGUGAACUUCGUCAUUCAUCGCUGUCUCCUUUACCUAUAUCUACUAAUAGUGUAUCUGAUCCUACUUCAUCAUCUACAUUACAUUUAAAUCCCCAAUUGAUUGAAUCAGAGAAUAUAACAGAUAAAAAAUAUGAGAGUGAUAAUUUACGUGAAAGUAUAACGAAUAAACAUAAAACCGGUAUUGUAAGUAUUAUAUCAGCUUCACAAAAUAAACAUCCUAUUGAUGAGAAAUCACAAACUAUUGUACAUAAUAAUACUCCUAAUAAAGAAUUAUCAACCUCCUCAACUGCGACAGCGGCAACAACAACGACUGCUACCUCUAAUACUCCAUUAGGAACAGGACGAUCAAUUACGAAAAUAAUCGCUGUCAAACCUAGGCGAAGUGAUCCACAAAAAAUGAACCUUGAUGAAAAGGAAAGUGUUUUAUCCGUGAAUAAUACACAAAGUAAAUUAUCCAGUCCUGCUCCUGAGAUUACAACUAAUCGACGAAUAUCUGUUGUAAUGGCGCCAACAAAAUCCGGUGAAACAGAGACACAACGUAGUGUCAAAGCUCGUUAUGUCCGAUCUACUCGACGAUCCACUCAAGGUGUUUCAUCAGAAGAUGUAGAACAAGCUAAAAAGUUAGCUGAUAUAAAUAACAACGGUAGUGCUAUUGUUUCUGAUAAUUCCCAGCCAAUGAAUUCUAUUCACACUGUCGAUACAUCGUCGUCAUCAGAUAGAACAACAUCAACUGAUACAUCAGAAGUUCCAAAUAAUAAAUCUAUUAAGAUGAGUCAUACUUCUUCAGCUUCUAAUAGAAUAUAUUCAGACAAUCCUACAAAUCUUUUUCGUCGACUCACCGACACUGAAUUAUUGAAAUCUCGAUCUAAUUCUGAAACUGUAGCAGGUAGUGGCGAUACGUGUAUUGGCAGGUCAUCUGCACGUACUGAUUAUUCAACUAAUGAACGAGAAACUAAUGACACUCGAUCUUCAAGUCAACAUCCUGCUUCAACUGGUCGUCAUGUUAACUUUUCAGGUGAAACAAACAUGAAUUCUUCUACGUAUGAUGGUAAUUCACGACGGUCAUCUUAUAUUUCAAAAGUACGGUCUUCAGAGCAUAGUCCUACGUCAGAGAAUAAAACUGACUAUACAACAUCAGUAGGAGUUCGUGAACGUCGUCAUAUUCGUGAACGUAAUCCACCUGAACGAGUAUUAUCCAGUAAAUCAUUUUCUACUGUAUCAGAUAUUUUCGAACGUCGUAUGUCAGAUCACAAUUCAUCGUAUACUACUAAUAAUUCUGGACGAUCAGAAUAUUCACCAUCUUCUUAUACAAAUACAAAUAAAUUCUUUAAUACUACUACAAACACUACUAGUGGUACCAAUGCUACUACUGUUCAAAAUGAAAAUGAUGUUAAAGGCAUUAUUCAAAGGCCUACAAGUCGUUUCCUUCAUCAGUCAACACAAUUAGUUAAUACAAGUAGUAAUUCAAGCUCUACACCUACAUAUUCAUGGAAUCCUUCACAGAUCACAUCAAAUAGUAAUAAUGUUACCACUGGUAUUUUGAAUAGUGCUCGUGGUAUUUCAACUAAUAAUCAUAACAACAGUAAUAAUAACAGUACUAAUAGUACAGAUUAUUCUUCGCCAACUCCUACUCCUCGUGAUCACGUUUCACAAUGGCAAGAUUCCAAAGAUUAUAAACGAUUAUAUGAACGAGAGAAAGAGGAAAGAGAACGACUUCAACGUGAAUUAGAUAGAUGUAAUCGUCAAAUCAGCCAAUUACGCCAAGAGCAACAAUUGAGAAGUUCAAAUGAUCAUAGUUAUUCAAAUGCUCCAGAUACACAUAAUAUUUACAAUUAUACUAGUAGUAAUAAUUGUAAUAAUUCACAAAUACCGGACACUCUCCAGAGUCGACUAUACUCGUAUGAAGACAAAAUGAAGGAAAUUGUUCGUUUACGUGAAGAAAUUUCUAAAAUGAAAGAAGAGAAUGGUGCAUUAAUUCGUGUAAUCAGUAAACUUUCAAAACCGAUAUAAUCAAUAAGAUUUUUUGUUGUUUGUUUUCUCCCCCCCCCCUUUUUUUUCUUAUUCUUUCAUUUAAUUUUUUUUUGUGUGGUUUGAUUCAAUGUUUAUACAUAAUUGUAUGAAUCUCUUUAUUGGUUUGUGUCAAGAUUAUUUUUUUUUUAAAGAACAAAAUUCAUUUCACCUACAUACCUUUUUUUUGUUUCUUGGUAACAGAAAUUUAUCCGUUUUCCCUCUUUAUUUUGUUUAAAUGAAUGGAAUUUGCAUUGUACGUAUAUGCUGUAUGUAUGUAUGUACCUAUGGGGAAAGAAGUAUGUUCCAAUUAUAGUUAAGAAAUGUCUAUGUUAAGCAACACUAUACAAUUCACUUCAUACUUGAUAGUAUAGUUAAUCAUAAACAUAGAGGGAUAUAUGAUUAUUUAAGUCUAGAAAUGUCUAUGGUCAUACAUAUAUAUGUAUGCUUAUAUUCAUGUCAAGCUUUCAAUAUGAACUAUACCAUGAUCAUUAUUCGAAGGGGGGGGGUACUUUUAAUGGCUGAUUCAACACUUCUUUUUAAAAUUAUACAUAUAUAUAUAUACACACGUAUAUAUCAUCUAUUUCCUCUUAUUAGUACGACCACGACCACUAUUUACUACCAAUGAGAAUUUCUGGAGAUGAUUAUCUAUUAUAUUGGUCAGUGAAAUGUUCUGAAUAAGAUCAUGUCUUUUUUUUUCAUUUCUAUAAACUACCUGCUAAGUGUGUGUAACUAUGCUAAUGAUGGAAUAUGUGCACACUUCUACAAAUAUAUUAUCAUUAUUACUUUAUCCAUAUUUCUUAAUCUAUGCGCCAAUCAUUCAAACGUUUCUUUAAUGUGUUCAUACCAUUGUUGUAAUAUAGUAGUAGAAAUGAAAAUCAAAGAAUUAGCAUCAUUAUUUACAAUGAUGAUGUUGACAAUGACUGGUAAAACUUAUUUUUAUAUUUCAAAACAACGAAACUGUUAUACUAAACGGAUAAAUAUUUAUGUAUGUUUAUUUAUGUUAGAUUAAAUCAAGUAUCCAUCUAUUUGUGUAUUAUGGUGCGAUUGAUGCUACAGUUACUACUGGUAGUAGUAUGCUUGUAUUGGUUAUAUUUAGAAAAAAGGAAAUAGACUAAUCAAGAUUACACUAUUCAAUUUUUUUUUCUUAUAUUUCAAAUGAUAUGUGUAGAUUAGAUCUUGCUUACAAUUGUUUUUUUUCUCUCUUGAAUUUCCUUGUUGUUAUUUCUUUCAAUUUAUGUGCACUCAACUACCUAAUAAAUGAAUGAGUUAACUGUUUAUAUUAGCUAACCAAUAGCUAAUCUUUGUUCAAUUUUUGUGUGUGUGUGUGUUCAGUAUUCUAUCUUUAUCCAUCUAUUUGUUAAUAUUUAAUUAUUUUGAACAUAUGCUUUUCACACACACACCCCUCCAUCUCUCUCUUGUAUUUGUUGACAAACCUCCCCUUCCCCUAUGUGUCUUUAUAACAUACACCACCACUAAAGUGCCUAUGCCAAGCUCCAUUUGUCAAUAACAAUAAUGAUACUGUGAACAAAAAAAAAGGAUUCAGAAUAUUCUUCUUUUUUUUCAUUCAUUUUACAUUUGAUCAGACUUUAUCUGAUCAUUCUUUUUCGUUACAUUGAUACUGCAUUAUUUAUUUGCUUAUUAUUAUUAUUACUACUACCACCAAUACAAUUUGUCCGUAUUGAUUGUUUGCUUUCGAAAAUAAGGCAUAUAUAUAUGGAAUGUGACAACUUACUACUUAUUUAUCACCAUUUUAGUAGUAUUAUUAUCUAUGAUUAUUUACCUUAUUUUUUACAUUUGUGUACAUAAUAACCAUUUUUCUUUUUUUUGUUUAUAUCCCUUCCUGUUGAGUAUAACAAAAAAAAACAGUGAGGGAAUAGUACACAUCUAGAAAGAUAGUAACAGAAAGAAGUUGGCAUGUAUGUGACAAUGAUAAUUUGUGUUAUUUAAGAACAAUAUGUGGCUUAUUAAAAGUAUUUUGUGUAUAUUCUAGUCCAUCAUCAUAUACACAUCACUUUACAUAUGUACAUAUUAUAAAUUUAACGUACAUACACACAUAAAAUAUUGAGUUCUGAUGUACUGACCCUUUUGUUUUUGUAUCUUAAGUGACAAAGUAACUCAUGGACUAAACCACGUACACUAGUUGAAUUAAUCCAAUAGACAAGUAGUCAGUAAUUUCAUUUACAAGUAUCAAAUUUUUAUAUAACCAUCCAGGACGCGCGUUUCGUCCUGGAUUCCGCUGCUAGUCACUAUCCAUCUUUCUUAUAAAGCUUGUGACUUCAGGCAAUAUCG